AUGCAUUACCCCUGGGUCGCAGCAGCACUAGCGCUACAUUCAGUCUGGGCCUCCGCGCCGAGCGGGCCCUGGGACGCCUUCAACUACGCGCCCAAGUCCAAGACCGUCUGGCCCGCCGCGAUCCACCGCGUCGAAGGCACCGUCGACGGCGCAACUAACCUCGUCGACAACGAGGGACCCGCGACGCUCGCGGGCAACGGGUCUUGGCUCACGCUCGACUACGGCGUCGAGGUCGGCGGCCUGAUAUCCAUCACCUUCAUCAGCCCGGCGCCCUCCGCGUCCCUCGCGCUCUCCUUCACCGAGUCCCCGCUCUUCAUCUCCCCGCUCACCUCCGACGACUCUUCCUACCCCGCACCGAACAUGUCCUACGACGGCGUCCUGCGCGUUCCCGCGCCCCUGCCCUCCGGGUGGUGGACGCAGCCCGCGUCCGCGCUGCGCGGCGGCUUCCGCUACCUCACGCUCGUCUCCACCUCCUCCACGCCUUUAACGAUAUCGAAUGUGUCCUGCGCGAUAUCGUUCAUGCCGCAUGUGGACGACCUGCGCGAUUAUGCGGGGUACUUCUAUGCACAGGACUCGAGCGGGUAUGAAGACCCUGAUUUUUUGACGAAAGUGUGGUACGCGGGCGCGUACACUGUGCAGACGAACACGGUGCCGCUGGAUACCGGGCGGGAGGUGCCCUUCGUGAGCUCGCCAGGGUGGGCGAAUAACGCGACGCUUGGGGUAGCGGGCCCCAUCAUCGUGGACGGCGCCAAACGCGACCGAGCAGUCUGGCCAGGUGACAUGGGCAUCGCCGUCCCCACCCAGUUCGUCUCCACUUACGACCUCCUCCCAACCCGUAACGCCCUCUCCACCAUGUUCGCCGCCCUCGACCCGCUUACGGGCGCGCUCCCCGAGUCCGGGCCGCCGCUCUCGCAGACCGUCUCGGACACGUACCACGCGUGGACGCUCAUCGGUACAUAUAACUACUACAUGUACUCCGGGGACACGGCGUGGCUGCAAAAUGUGUGGGCGAACUACACGAAGGCGGUGGGGUUCCUGGAGGGGAAGGUGGAUAGCACGGGAUUGAUGAAUGUUACGGGUUUGCGGGAUUGGGCGCGCCUGGGCGGAGGCGGGCAUAACGCCGAGGGGAACGCGUUGUUCUACAAGGUCCUGACCAACAGCGCGUCCCUUGCCUCCUACGCUGACGCCCCCGCCCUGUCCUCCGCCUGGUCCGCCAACGCCACUGCGCUCAAGUCUGCGUUCAACGCCGCCUUCUGGGACCCACAGCAGGGGAUGUACCGCGACAACACGAGCACCACGCUCUGCCCGCAGGACGCGAACUCCAUGGCGAUUCUCUUUAAUUUGACGACAUCGGCGGAGCAGGCGGGGAGCGUGAGCAAGGGCCUCGAGCGGAAUUGGAACGCGCUCGGAGCGGUCGCGCCCGAGUUGCCGGAUACGAUAUCGCCGUUUAUCGGCGGGCUUGAGCUCCAAGCGCAUUUCGAGUCGGGCAACGACGCGCGCGCGAUGGACCUCCUCCACCGCGAGUGGGGGUACAUGCUCGCCACCAACCUGAGCGUGCAGUCCACCCUGCUGGAGGGGUUCACCGCUAACGGCUCGCUCUCCUACCGCGGCUACAACUACGACCCGUCCUACACCUCCCACGCGCACGGGUGGUCCUCCGGGCCCACCUCCGCGCUCACCUUCUACGUCCUCGGCCUGACGAUCACCGCCCCGCAAGGCCGAACAUGGAGCGUCGCGCCGCACCCGAGCGGGCUGCCCCGCGCGGAGGGCGGGUUCAGCACGGGCCUGGGGUGGUUCGGGGUGAAGUGGUGGGAGGGAGAGGGGGGUUUUACAGUGGAGGUGGAUGUUCCGGAGGGGACGCAGGGGGUGGUGAGGCUGCCAUAUGCAGUGGAAGGGGGGAAGGUGUGUGUGAACGGGGUGGAGGCCCACGUGGUGGAGGGCGUUGUAAAUGUUGUUGGAGGGAAGUCUACGGUGGUGCUGCAGCGGUAG